UAGGCUAUUGAAUAUUUUGCUUUAAGAGUAUUAUGGGGGUUUCAAAAUUAAUACUCGAGAAUUAUUGGUCAAAGCAAUAGUCUGUCCUUGAAGAAGAUAGCUAGAUAUAUUCUUGGAGCAUCUCCCCCUCUCAAGGAGUCUCUUUACCUUUGAAUUUUUUAAAACCAACUCAGUUACGGUUAAAAAUUAAGAUUCUCAUAUUCUUGAAGCCUUUGACACUCUCUGGUUUCUAUUCUAUUUUAAUAAAUUUUGACUACUUCUUGGUUAGCUUCUGAGAAUUUGUGAAAAUCUUCAUGAAACACUAUGCGGCAAUAGCCUUCGACUUUUGGGGGUUCAAGUUUAAUGUUUUCGAAUUUUGAAUACUUCUGUUUCAAAAGCUAUCCUGAGGUGUGCUCGCCUCUCACAGCUCAAAAUCAGUCCUUAAUGCAGAAUCGGUUUAAAAUUUACAUUAAGCCUAUUCUUUGAUAAACUAAAUAUAUUUUUCGCUCUCUCAAAGUCAUAGAAAGUUAAAAUACAAGAUAUUACCGAUAAUCUGAAGCAGCCCAAUGCUCAAGGUGGGACACAAUUUAUUAGCUCAAUUUUAUUUCAAUGAAAAAUACAUUGGGUUACCAUCCUGAUCUAUCAGCUUGUCUUCAUAGAGCUUCCUCAAUCUUUUUCUAUUUGAUUCUGCCUCCUCUUGCUGAUCGUAAACUUCUUUUAGAUCACAUCGUAGCGCUUCUAUAUCUUCCCUCAUGCUCUCUAACAUCUUAUCCUUCUCUUCUUCUAUUUCUUUCUAUCUCCUUCUUAGCUUGGUUUCAUUCUGCUGUUUUUCUCUAUUGAGCAUCAAGUGGUUCCUCCCAUGGUUAGCUAAAUGACCAAGCUGGUCUUUAAAGCAUUACUUGAUCGCAUUUCUCUGUCUUUGAAUAGAGUUGAGAAGGUAGGAAGAACUUCCAGCGUUAGGUUAUUUUUCUCCAAAACUUUCUUCUGCCUACUAAUCAAACAAGACUGGACGAAGGCUUCGAAUGCUUCCGGCUGCAACGUGUUACCUAUGUUGAGAAUUAUAUGGAGUCCUACACAUGGAUGUGAGACAGUCUCUGGAAAGUGGCCUCUUUUCAUAUUCAUUUGGUAAGUAUCUAUUUCCAUCUCAAUUCUCAAGGAAGAACUGCAGGAUGCUCUGAACAUUUAGGCCUUUGAACUAAGGGAUAUGCCUGACUAUCACGUCUUUAUUGUGAAGGAACAACUUCUCGCCUGUCAUUACCUCGCUGAUGAACUCUACUGUUAAAUUCUUGUAUGGUGGCAAGAAUCAUUGACCUUCUGUGUUCAAUAAUCGAUAGAGCUCGUAUUUCGAUCUCGUGACUCCUCUAAUACUAAUGAGAUUUAUCGUCUCUUUCUGCAUGGUCGAGUCGUAGCCUGGUCUGUUUAAUAUUACAUCUUAUAUGGGCCUUUUAUUCAGUAGUCGGUGAUGAUUUUUAGAAGGAAUUAGCAUGAAGACAUGGCUAGGAACCUGGAUCCAAGUCAUUAGAGAAUGUAAACACAAUGUGUGAGAAACCAGUCAUA